AAACAACAUAACUCGACGAUCAAUUGGUGUCGAGCAGAGAAUAAAAAUUCUGUGAUAAGUAUUUUCAUGGAAAUGUGACUCGAUGCAGAACGGUAAGGAAUAUAAUUCCGUACGAAUUUCACUCUGUAUAUUUUCUGUAUUAUGAGUGAAUAUGGUCUUAAAUAAGUUUUUACCCUCUCAAAAAUUCAAAAAAUAUUAAUAUUCAGGAACAUUUUUUCAGGAACACUUUUGUUAUUUUGUUGAACUUUUCUUUUUAGACCGGAUUCAAUACGUUGGUUCAGUCAAUAUCGGUCAGAUGGCGUUUCUGGUCUUGUCAUGUCAUUCGCAUUCCGUAAUGAAUUUUGUAUUAUCUAUGUAGUGCUGUAGUGUGUGUAUUAUAUUUAUGUGAUGACAAGUAGCUAGCAGUACCGAUAACUUUGGUUGACGAUUUAUUUUAUGAAUUUUGUAUCUACUCUAUUUCAUAAUUGCAGUGUAUUAAGUAAGAGAUGUAAUGUGAAAACAAAUCAUCAUUAACAGUGUACAUACUUAUUAAAUUAGUACUUAGUAGAAGUUACUUAAUAGAUUGAGAUGUGAGGUGACAUGUUUUUAUAUGUUUGCUUUGUCGAUGUUCAAUGUGAUCGCGAAGAAAAUCUCUGAAUGUUAUGUAGGCUCGGUUGAGCAUUAAAAAUAUACUAUACCAUAAUGCCUGUUCAGCAAAUUAGUGUGAAGAACUCUUCGGAUAUUGAGAGUUGGGAAUGGGGAGGAGGAUGUGGUAGAGAAGUGAUUCGUACGGGGUCAGGGAGCAGCCGCACGUCAUGUAGCAACUCCAGUGGUGAUAUAUGCCGCAUAUGCCAUUGUGAGAGCGAGCCUCACAAUCCUCUCCUAGCACCAUGUUAUUGUUCAGGAAGUUUAAAAUAUGUUCAUCAAAGCUGUUUACAACAGUGGCUGACUGCAUCAGAGACGAGGUCUUGUGAACUCUGCAAAUUCAAUUUCAUCAUGCAUACCAAAAUAAAGCCAUUUAAUGAGUGGCGUUUGUUAGAGAUGUCUGGUGUGGAGCGCCGGAGACUGUGCUGUGCUGUACUGUUCCACUGUGUCGCUGCACUCUGCGUCAUGUGGUCCCUCUUUGUACUUAUUGAACGAGCCGUAGAAGAGGUCAACCGUGGGAUGAUUGCUUGGCCUUUUUGGACAAAAUUGGUAGUUGUGGCUGUAGGAUUUACUGGCGGCGCUGUCUUUAUGUACAUACAAUGUCGGCAAUAUCUGCACCUUUGUAAUCGUUGGCGAGCACACAACAGGAUACUAUUAAUUCAAAAUGCGCCGGAGAAGAUCCCAAUCGGAGGUGGAUCUCCACCCGUGCGAGUGAAGAGACGCGAGAGAAGCGCGCGCGGGCAAGUGAUCGCCAACAUCGAGCCGCCGCCGCCACCCGCCGCUUACCACGAGGAGGACGAGAGCGGCGGCUUCGAGACCUACCGCGGCAACCCGCACCGCCGGCUGUCCGCGCUGCCCGACCCGCGCCCCGACGACACGCGCCGCUACUCCGACACGCGCCUGGCGCAGGCGUGCGACGAGGCCGCCGUGUCGCCCGAGCGCGGUGGCGUCUACCACAUCAGCGUGGACCCGCUCGAGGCCGACAUCCGCUCGCUGUUGGCGCUAGAGGCGCGGCGCGCCGCCCGGGCCGCGCGCUCGCUGCCCAACCUACGCGCCUCGCGCGAGACGUUGCUGCCCACGGCGCCCACCGGCCCAGGCCCCGCGGGCCCCGCACCCGGACCCCCCGCGGCCGGGGCCCCGGCGCCGGCCCCCGCAGCCUCCUGAGGCCCGCUCCUGCUGUACCCGGAUGACACGGUGUACUAGCGGGUACUAGCGGCGUAGUGUGCGAAGUGUGCUUGGUGCGUGUACAUACUGACAUGGAUCUUGUAAAUACUUAUUAUCAUAAUAAUAGUUCAGGCGUCGCUCGUUAAGGCCACCGCAAGACCGCCCGAUAGAUACUUAUUCCCUGUCCUUGCAUUUUGUACCAUAACGUCCAUAUGUGUACAUAGCGUAAACAGAUUUAACUCCAUGUUUUUCGUGAUAGCAAUAUUAAGUAAUUAAGGUUUGAUAGUAGACCGCUUGCAAAAUAUAAUUAGUAGGUAAUAGGUAUGAUACUGUUGCCAGUUACCUUGUAGAAAAUUGUCCAUAUUCUUUAAUCCAAUCAUACAAUAUUUCUUAAACUUACUCCAACUUUCCAAAACCCAUUUUAAUGAAAACCAUGCUUCUGACGUUCGAUACAUAAUUUACAAAUCCAUACUAAUAUCUUCAUGCGAAGUAUGCUGAGCAUGUGCUACGAGUAUGAGAGAUUUUAACGCUAAACUUGAUGAAGAAUGAUACAUCAAACUAUAAUAUCCAAUAAGUAGAUAUCUCAGGUUUAUAUUGGAUUUGUGUAGAAUGAUGUACCAUCGCUUGAACACUCGUGACUCAUGCGUAGCGUCGUUUGCUUUAAAGUCAAACAUUUUACUACUAAGCUUCAUGUAUUUAGAGUCCUUAUUAAUCUGCUAGAUUUGCGAAACUAGAUACUGAGCUGAUAGUAUUGUCAAAUCAACUGCAUUUGAAAAUAGUGAAAUUAAAUUCCACAAGAAAAUGUAUGUGUGUUUUCUAUGUGUAGAUUAGACAUUCAUAUACUUUUAAUAAGUACAUCAAUUAUUCAAUACUUUGUCAUCGCGGGAUACAAGAUCUUAAUACUGUUGUCAAACUAAACUUUAAUCUUCCAUUAUUGUAUUUUGUUCUUUCGGAGCUACAAAUGCAAUGUUUAGCAACUAUUGCUAGAUAUAUAUUUUUCUCUAAUUAUUAUUUGGGACCGUAGUUCAGUCAACUUUAUUUAAAACACCCUUAAAAUAUUGUUCUUGGAAGUAUUAUUUGUAAGUCUUGUGAAAAUUUAAUAUUGUGUUUGGGGUUUUCGAUACUUGAUUGGUUGUGCCACAUGUUCGGACUCGUAUAUUAUAAACUUGUCCAACAACAUCGCAGUGUGGGUUAUCAAUGAUAACCUAAACCCAAUUGAUUAAAACAUUGAUAACUUAUCAUUUAUUGGGAUUUAUCAAAGGAAAUUAACAAUGGCCUGUUCAGUAUACUUACGUCCUCGAUAAUUAUGUGGCACUUGUAUUCACACUGCCAUUAUGAGAAAACAAGCUUAUAAAACUACGAACUUGACGUGCGUCUCCCGCGUCGAAUUUAGGAGAUAUUUUGCGAGUAGUGCAAGAAUAUUAGGAUAAAAGUAACCUAUGUCAGUCUCUGAGAAGUAAACUUUCUAAUAGUGAAAUAAUUUCUCAAAUCGGUCCAGUAGUUUCUGUGUUUAUUCAAUGCAAACAAACAAACAAACAAAAAUAAUUCCUCUUUAUAUUAUUAGUAUAGAUUGAUUUUUAUUCUAAAGUAAAUGUUGUAAAUAGGAGUUCAAUUAACUCCAUAAAAAAUUAUAUGAGGUAAAUCUACACAUACUUUUGGUAAUUCCAAAUUAUUAUUUCGCGGUUUAAUUUUAAGUCAAUUAAAAUUAGGUACCUACCGUGUGUUCUCUGUCCAAUUUUCCGCCUAUCAUAAAUAAAUUGCAACGCAACAACAUAGGUGGGUACCUCCCAGCACCUUAUUAUUCAGUUUGUGACUUUCUUUUCUUAAAUAUAUAGGUGCCUAUGAAAUUACCAGGCCUGUAGGUGCCUAUCAAAUUACCUGUCAAAUGUGUACCCAGUCGGCUCUCAAGGAGCCCGCGCGCUCCCCGCAGACUAUCUUAAAAAUAAACUUCAAUAACAAUUUAUAACUAUCAAAAGAUAAUUAACAGUCGCGCAGCUUCCACGUUGUAUCAUAAAAUAUAAAAUAAAGUCCAAAGAUUUUAUAAUAAUCAUUUUAUGACUGAUCACUCUGUCAUAAUUCUAGUGAGUCAGAUAUAUCAUCGCGUGUUCGAUGUUUUAUUAUUUCUGUUUUUUUCUUAUCCUAUUUCAACUGUUUAGAAUAUUUCCGUACAACAAAUGCUACCUAUAUUUCUUUAUCUAGGCCAGUCAUAAUUAUUUUGCCGCUGCCUGCGUGUGUGUAUGAAUAGGAUUUAUUGUAUCACAACAUGUAUUGUAGGCUGGUAUAAUGCUUUGCGAAGGGACUGGUGGAAAAUAAACAAGUCACAUGUGUUUCUAUACAUGGACAUAUGUAUCGUUAAUUCUUUGUUACCUUUAAUAAUUUUAGAUCGGAUUUCUAAGUUUACUCAAGUCCCGCCGAUAUGUAAACAAAACUGUAAUUGCUGUCACCAAACUUAAUUAUUCCGUCUUAUAAAUUAAAAGUGCAAUAUUCGCUAUGUAUACGGAUACGAGCGAGCCUUCCAAAAGAGGCUCAAAAAUGAAAAAAAAAAUGGAAAAACUAAUUGGUCCUAAAGCAAGAAAAAAAACAAAAACGAAAUAGGAACAGUUUUGAUUGUAGUAAGAUGUUUCUAAAAUAGCUAGUACUUUUUAUUGACAAUAUUGUGUUGUAUAUUCUGCACUACUGGUGCAUUUAGUUAAGAAGUUAAUUUAAAUGUUGACUUGUUUUUAAUUCAGCCCUAAUAGUCUUGAAGAACACAUCCAUGACACCAAUCUGAUGAUCUGUUUAUGUUGUAGACUGUCUCAUGGUGUCUGUCGUGUUUGAAACCAUCCCCCAAUUUAUUCUUAAAAUAAUGUUGAGUACUGCCGGUCCAGUGCUAGGCGUCUCUUCUUGACUACAUGUAUAGGGUGUUUUAAAUACACCCAUCACAUCUAGUGUAUGUUGUCUCCCAAUCAUUAAAAUAUGUUUCAGCUUAAGGUUUAAAAUGGUGCCAUGUUAUUAUCUUCUUUUUUUGUCUUAUUAGUAAAUCAUCUUGUUCCUCUAUGUAAAUACAAGUUUUUAUUUCCUUUAUUAUAUCUUUAAUCACAUACAAAUUUACUACCGUCACUUUCACUUAGAUACUAAUUGUAAAAGUAAGAGUUGUUCAAUUUCUAAGCCGUACAUUUAUUGGCCAAAUUAAUGUUCAUGUUUCAUUAUGUACUAUAGUUAGCCGAGUAUCAGUGUUUUUGUAUACCAAUUUAAAUUACAUCCAAUUCAAAUAGAAUGAUCAGUUUUUAUUAAACAUUUAACUGGAAUUUUAGUGCAUAUAUUAAUUAAAACGUAAACAUCGCUAUUGAAUUUUAGGUAGAUAGUGUUUAAAUAAAAUAGUUCGGACUUUGGUGCUAAAUAAAAAUGAAUAUCAGUCCAAAAUUAGGUAACAUAUAUUUUAGUACGCAAGAAAUAGUUGAUGAAAUGUCCUAGUAAAGUCAUAGUUUUCUUUAGAUCGGUGUGUAUAACGACGUGAACAUUCCAAACUUAUAUGUUCGACUUAAACACGUACGUUCAUAUUUAUUAGUUGUGCAAUUGACAAGCGUAACAUAAUUCUUGAUGAUGUAACACAAAAACCGGACUGUUUACUUCCACGGCAUGAGAGUGUGCCAUACCUAUGCAUUUUGCUUUAUUUUCAUUCUGUUAGUAUCAACAUUAAAAAUGCCUUCAUUUACGUAUAACUUUUCGAUACAAUACAAUUGAAACUAGUCGUUUUCAUUGAUUAUUAUGUAUAUACACUGCAUGUGUCCAAACACUAUUGUUUCUGUUUAUAAUAAAAUUGUAUCAUCUCUUUUGUCUCAACUUUAUUAGAUAUUUUACUCAUAUUAAUUAUUCAUGUUGUAUAUUGUAAAUUUAUUGUAUAAUGGCUAAUUAUAACUGAAGUAUGGUGAUGAAUGGUAAGUCUGCUGUGUGUGCAGUGAACGAAUGCUAGAUGUAUUUGCAGGGUGCUUGGGGAUGAAUCUUAACGUUACAUGCGUAUUAUGCACUUACUUUCGUGUACUUACAUUGUGUUUACAUAUCACAUAAAAUAAAAACGAAAUUUAAAUUCUAAAGCUCUUGUAAAUAAUCGCUUGGAAAAUAUACGAUCUCAAAGCUUGUAACAAACGUCCAUCUCCAUGAGUCUCGCGUGCUACGAAUGCUUAUUCCAGGGUUUUGUUUCAAAUGAAAUAAAGUAGUGCCUUAUUUGAUGUUCUUUGCACUUAUAAUUAUUUCAAAGAUUGUAACAAAGACAUUACUUAAUGGCUAUUUGAUUUUUCUUUGGAGUCAAAGCAAUAACAUCGGUCAUCGUUAGAAUGACAUGUAACAAAUGGUUGAACUAGAUGUAAGUGUGCUAGCACGAGACGCCACCCUAGUCUGUAUAAUGUGAUUUGUGAUAUAAGUUAUUAGUGUUAUUUGUUUGCUCAAAAUUACUUUCUCCUUUCGAUCUGUGUACUUAUGGUUCAUGAAAUUUGUAAGACUGUAUUUUAUUUUGUUGUGUAAUAUCGUUAGUAAACUUCGGGUUAUGAAUAUAGUUAUUUUGAA